AUGGACAGGGGAGUACUACACAUGGUCAAACAAACAAUAUGGUGCAGAAGAGUAUGCAGUAGGAUUGAUAGAGCACUUGGUAACUUUGAGUGGAUGAUACAGUGGGGUCAUGUGACUACUGAGUAUGGCCUGCCAUUUAUUUCUGAUCAUAACCCCAUGAUACUCACCCUUCAUUUAGUCUCAAAACCUGGCAAACUACUAUUUAGAUUCUUCAACAUAUGGGCUGAGCAUGAUAGUUUUGCUGAUAUUGUGGAAAGAAUUUGCGGACAGUCAUAUGCUACUUGCAAGAUGAAGAACAUCUGGUUGAAGUUGAAGGCUCUAAGGCCACUUGAUAAAGCACCUGUAAUAGAUGGAUACAAUGCCUAUUUCUUUAAAAAGGCAUGGGUGAUCAUUGAGGAUGAAGUUAUUCAAGCUAUCAAAGAGUUAUUUAAUACUGGGAAACUAUAUAAAGCUGUAAACUGUACUACUCUCACACUACAAGUUAUUGCCUCUGUCAUCUGUGAGGCACAAGCUGGCUUCAUUCCUGGUAGGAGAAUUGCUGAUAACAUCAUAUUAGCACAUGAGUUAGUGAAAGCUUAUACUAGGAAGAACAUUUCUGACAGAUGCAUGAUUAAGAUUGAUCUUCAAAAAGCCUAUGACUCAGUUGAGUGGAGUUUUCUGGAACAAGUCCUGAUUGAGCUGGGAUUUCCUAUGAGGUUUGUGGUAUGGAUAAUGGAAUGUGUUCCUACAGUUAACUAUACUAUCAUGCUCAAUGGGGAAUCUACCCCACCUUUUGAUGUUGCUAAAGGUCUGAGACAAGGAGACCCUAUCUUCCCUUUCUUGUUUGCAAUAGUAAUGGAAUAUCUCAGUAGAAGCCUUAAUAACCUAAAAGAGGUAAAAUGUUUCAGAUUCCAUCCAAGAUGUGCAAAGCUAGGAAUUACACACCUCAGCUAUGCAGAUGAUCUUUUAUUGUUUGCCAGAGGUGACCUUUCUUCUAUCUCUCAUAUUCAUGGAUGUUUUAGUCACUUCUCCCAAGUUUCUGGAUUGCAAGCCAAUCUGAGGAAAAGCUCAGUGUAUUUGGGGGGGGGGGGGGUUCCUCAGAAUGUAAGAAUGGAGAUUAUACAGAAGUUGGGCUUCACAAUUGGAGAACUGCCUUUCAAAUAUCUUGGUAUCCCUCUUGCUACCAAGAAGCUUUCACUGAUGCAAUGGUAUCCUUUGGUAAAGAAGAUAGUUGCAAAGAUCUCUUUAUGGACAGCAAAGAAACUAUCAUAUGUUGGUCGAGUACAACUUGUUCAUACUGUUUUGUUUGGCAUUCAAUCUUACUGGUCACAACUGCUCAAUUUUCCUACAAAAGUAUUGAAAAUGAUUGAGUCUUACUGCAGGAGCUACAUUUGGUCUGGGGUAAAUGUAAUCACAAAAAAAGCUUUGGUAGCAUGGACAGAAUGUGUACGCCUAAAUCAACGGGGCCUAAGCUUGAUUAAUUUACAGCUGUGGAACAAGGCAGCACUAGCAAAAUUUUGCUGGGAUGUAGCACAUAAACAGGAUCGACUAUGGAUCAAAUGGAUUCAUGCUUUCUAUAUCAAGGACAAACAACUUGAAGAGAUGGCAAUCCCUCAACAAGCAAGCUGGAUGGUUAGACAGAUUCUAAGUGCUAGAACAACUCUUCAGCAAGUGCAGCAUAAGCAAUAUCUUAAAAAGAGUAUGAUCAGCCAAUUUUACCUCCAGUUACUAAGAGAUAGACCAAGAGUUUCUUGGAAGUGUUUGAUGUUCCAAAACAAGGCUAGACCAAAUGCUAUAUUUACCAUGUGGCUGCAUUUGCAUGAGAAAUUACUCACAGCAGAUAGGCUGAAAAUCCUUCAUUGGAUGCAGAGACAAGAUGUGGUAAGAGACAACUGGGAUCAACAUGUGCAGUGGGUGAUACAAUGGGCUAAAGGCAUGACUCAUAGAGUUCAACUCUACAGGAUGGUUUAUGCUGAGAUAAGUCAUGUCACUUGGAUCGAAAGGAACCUGAGAUUGUUUAAAAAGAGAAGCAGAAGAGUUGAUAGUAUUGCGCGAGAAGUAGCCUACAUUUGUAAUGUGAGAGCCACCACUGGGAAUAGUAGUUUGGUGCAACAUUUCAUUUUUUCAUAG